UUGAAAGACAGAGCCGCGAAGACGAUGGAACCAACCAAAUCAAACUCAUUUCACUUUAUAAGCUCACUUGCUUUCCAUUAAUGGCGUUUUCGCGAAUCUCCCACUGAAAUCCACAAUAAUUCUCCCACCCAUUCCCCCUUCUUGCCCUACAUUCUCUCCGAUUCUUCCGUCUCUCUGUCUCUCGCUCAGUUGUUUGUAUAAUUGCAGACACAGAUACGGAAUUCGGUUGCGUUAGAAGAUCUCAUUGAUUGAAGACUCUAGAGUAGGGGCCAAUCAUGCCGUCGGGUGUUAAGAAGCGAAAAGCAGCAAGGAAAAAGAAGGAAAGGGAGGCUAAAAUCAAUUCCUCAACAGGAGACGAGGAUUUUAAGAGUCAGAAUGGGAGAAGCUUUGAAAGUAGGGAGGUCAAUCCCAUUUAUGAUCAUCCUGCUUGCCACAAUUCGGACAAGGAAAAAUUGGAGAAGAAUGACGCAUCAUAUGUUUUGUCUACUGUGGAUGAGGAUAUAUCUCUGGAUAUAGAAAGAAUCCAAGAAGUAGGACUUGAUGGCAAUGGUGUUGUUGAAGAUGAGAAUGAAUUAAUAUCAGCACAGAAUAAUGCUGGUCAAAGCAUCAACAUCGAGUACAUUAAGUCUGGCGAGAAAUUUGAUGAAAGGGACGACGAGAACUCUAGUAAUAGUUCAGCUGACUGUAGCAUUGUUGAUAAGAAAGCCGAAGCAUAUACUUCAUCUUAUAAUACCAAUGUUUUUGACGACGAGGCAGAUAAAUCUUCAUUUGCAGCCAUUGGGCUAAGUGAAUCUACACCAGUUGGGCAGAACAUCAACUCAUUGGUUGAAACUACUCUGGUUUCUGAUUCAGUUAAAUCUGAGGUUACUGUGUCUACAGAGAAAAUUUGCCUCAUGGAAGUUGCAGCUGCUGAGAAUUCAGUGGUUUCUGAUUCCGUUACAUCUGGGUUGAAGGAAGAUGCAGAUACUUUAUUGUCCAACCUACGCGAUGGAACUGAAGCAUCAUCAUUUAAUAAUCUUAAUUCACUACCAAAACAAAAUGAGGAUAAAGUUUUACCUGUAUCGAUGGAGAACAAUCAGAAAUCUUCAAGGAUGAUGGAAAAAGGGUCCAAAUAUAUGGAAGACAAGAUGUUUCUUUCGUCAGUUGCUCCUCCUGUUUGUGCAAGUAAAUACGAUGCCAUUGCUAUGGAAUUUGAGACUCCAAUAUGCUUCAAAAACCAGAAGACUUCGGCUUCAGUUCCAAUAGUGGCACGAAGGACUUCUUUACUUAGUUGUUGUGGAUUAUUUGACUUACUGAAAGGCUCCAAUUGAUAAAUUCAGACCGCCAGGGGAAGUUCCAGUGCAGUGACGAAAUUCAUCAAAGAAGCAAACCUUUUCACAAGUUUGAAACUUUUGGUAUUUCUUUACUGAUUUAUAAUUGUGAUGUGAUGCUGGACGAUAAAGUCCAUCCUAAGAUCUAUGUUUGUGGUAAUUUUAUCAUUACCAUGCAGCUUAGUUUACCAUAAUUUCUCUACAUUCCUUAUAUUAUCAUGUAAACUAGUUCAGUUUACUUUAACUACAGUGUGAAGGAAGUGCAUUUAGAUGAAAGAUCCGUGUGUUAUUA